CAGCCGCCUCGCGGUAUCCUCACUGAGUCCGGCACGGAGUGCUGGAGCAGCGGGAAGGGAAGAACUGGCCAAGUACUUUUUGGCAGAACUGCUCUCAGAGCCAAGCCAGACAGAAAAUGAAGCCCUGGAGUCUGAGGACUUGUCCCGAGGGGGUGAGCAGGAUGAAGUGAGACUGGAGCUGGAGCGCUCAGCUAACUCAAACCCCGCUCUGGCACCCCGGGAACGCAAAGCAGGCUGCAAGAACUUCUUCUGGAAAACUUUCACAUCCUGUUAGCUUUUGAAACCCACCUCUGCUCCCCAUCCCUCCCCGCCUUCUUCAUAGUCCCCUGCCCCGAGCAGAACCUUCACCACAAGAGGCGAAGACUGUAAAUACACAAUCCACGGUUAUGGUGAAAUUAAAGAAACAAGGAAAAUUUGAGUUUGAUUUCCAAUUGUUUUAAUAAAACUUUCUGUUCCAAUUGUACACGAUUUGCUUGAGUUGUGAUUUCUGACUAGUUCUUUAAUGACAUGCAUUCUUUCAGAUGUACUAUUUUUAAUUCUUUGUUGCAAUAAAAUUUAUGUUUCAAACGGUGA